AUGGCCAUAAACGGCUGGAACUUUGUCGUUCAGGUCUACUACAUUCCCACUUUCUACCAGCUCGUCUACAACUAUGGGGCCACUAGAUCUGGUGUCAUGUUACUUCCAAUCACCCUGGUUCAGACCGCGAGUAGUACUCUCUCUGGGCUUAUAGUCCACUGGGUGGGACGGUACCGCGAGUGCAUCUUGUUUGGCUGGCUCUGCUGGUCGGUAGGUCUGGGUCUCAUGUCCACUCUCAACGAGAGUUCCGGCCUGGGAAGGCAGAUCGGCUAUUCCCUGCUCAUUGGAGCCUCGCCCGAUGACUACGUCGUUUACUGA